AAGUGUAUGGAGGAUGCGCCCUGCGUCACGGGAUAAAAUGAAAUGCUUACAAUUGCCUUUAGCGUUGGUAGUCUGAAUCUUGUGUGGAAAGCUUCUGUUGCUUAGAAAGAGUCUAGCAGAGCACGUCUAAACUUAAUUUAGAAGUAAAACAAGGGGCGCUAAACCACAAUUUAAUAGCCACUGGUAUGGAAUCAAGCUUAAAAGCGUUUUUUUUCGAUAUUACUUCUGACAAGCAAACAUUUGGGCCUUCACAGGUGGACAAACGUACUUAUAUUCCAAAAAUACUUUAACGCCACGGAUACAAGGAAACACCUUUACAACUUAUAGCCAUGUAUCGAGCUUUCUGGGAUACAAUAUUUCUGCUAAGUGGCUAUUUAUUUACAUACAGCCAGGUGCAGGAAAAUUCUACUUUAGCAACACCAAGCAUGGUGAUGAUUCCCACCACAACCACCACUACAACUGUUUUCAACACAACAGCAGUGUCAAAUACUACUGAUAAGAAAAAGUUCCUAGUAGCAGCAGUCCACUCUCACUUUGCUGACUGUCCUGAAUCCCACAGCCAUUUCUGCUUCCAUGGCACAUGCCGCUUUCUCAUCCUGGAGGAGACACCAGCAUGUGUGUGUCACCCAGGCUUCAUAGGUAUGCGUUGUGAGCAUGCAGACCUGCUGGCAGUGGUGGCAACCAACCAAAGGCAGCAGACCUUGGCCACCAUAUUGAUGCUGUGCAUAUUGGGCAGUGUCCUGCUUGUACUACUUUGCACAUUAAUAAACUGUUGGUGGAGGCGGAGCAGAUGGAGGCGAGGACCUAAGCUUUCCUGUCUGUCAAAGAAACCAAAUGGCAUCGUAAAGAGUGGGACGUCCUGCUGUCACUCAGAGACUGUGGUUUGAAAUUGAGUGCUCUUGGUGUACCUUUGUUCUCCGUUUUGCUACCUGAAGCCCCAUGGAUUAUCGCUGGAUUAAUCUACUGACUCAUGUCAGCAUGCUGAGAACCAAACCAGAUGUGGAAUUCAGAACUUAUACUCACUGGAAGUAAACUUAUCCAUUAAUUUUUUAGAUUUUGUGGAAUAUAAAACUAAAAUGAUGGAAGAUGGUUGAUUUCCCAACAGAGAUAUUGAUCUCCUGGACUUCCAUACCCUUGUGUGAGAACAGAUUACAGGAAUGAAGAUCCAGUCAGACUUAAGUGACUUUUUUGUGAGAAAAGCCCAGCAGUGAAAGAGUAAUGGACUAGUGCUUAAGACCUACUCAGCUGGAUGUGAACAGUAAGAUUGAGAUUCAGAACUUGGGGACAAAAAGAUUCGAGUUAAUGUGUUCAGGAUGCUUGGACAUUCUCAAGACACUGAGAUCUCGCACUAUAUCACAACAGGAUAAGAGGAAUAGUUUCAUUUUUCAAAUCACGGAAAGCUUAAAGAAAACUAACAAACUGUUUGUGGCAUGUGACACCAAAAGACAGUACUUGUCAAAGGUUUGGAUGCACCUACUUGUAGAAAGAUUUUGCUUGAUUUUUCACAUUAGGAAAGUCCAAACUAUAAAAUAUGCUUUGAAAUUUUACAGGGAACAAGAAGUGCUAAAUAACUAAUUAACUAAGUAAAUUAUGUGAACAAAAAGUAAAUAAUUAUUAACAAUCUUCAUGAAAAAUCUGUAAAGUGUUUGGCUACUUUCCUAAAGUUCCCAGGUAUUGAGCAGUUUCCGGUUGUAGUUUCUAUGUUUUAAAUGAAAACUAUUUAUUUUGUUGCAAAUUUCAAUCAUAUGCAUUUAGAAAAUCUUUUUUAAGAUCAUCAAGGACAGUUAAAUGUGUCCAAACUUUUGGCAUGUGGUGGAUGAGAGAGAAUUUUAAAUGUUUUAUUUAUUCAGAAGUGUCACACAAUUAAUGGUUCUAAGAAUGGAAAAAAAGCUUAGCUAUCUUGGAUCUUAAAUGAUGAUGAUCGUUGAUGCUGAUAAUAAUAGAUGAAGAAAAUGUGUACACUAAAUAUUCCAAGGUAUAUUAAUGUAUUCAAUAGCCAUGAUAUCUUUAACGAUUUAUAGUCAAUGGCAGGCUUCUGAGGAAAACACUUGACUCCAGAGAGUAUUUUUUUGCUUAUGUUCUUUAUUAUUGCUGCACUUGAGAUGUACUUCUUCACAGAUUCUUUUUAGUAACAUAAGCAUGCAUACUCACCUGAUACACCUAGUGGAGAGAUCAUUUUUACGAGGUUUUUAACACCACUGGAGAAGUUCUAAAAUCAGAAUCACAACACUUGUAUGGUUUUGGCAAUAAUUAUUUUAAUAUUUCAAAAUUGGGUGUGCACAAGUGUGUUUAAAUAUUCACUAUACACUGUUGCACUGCGAUCAUGUGAUUGAUAACUACUUAUAUAUCUGCACACUUACCCCAUACAGUAACUAAAUCAGACACUGAAUUGUGUUAAACAGGCUCUGCCUUUAUACGGGUCUGAUUUUUGAUUAAAAAGUAUGUAGAUAUAUUUGUGACAAUGCCACUAAAUUCACUUCACAAAGCACUAUGUACAUUUUCACAUUUCCAAAUAUAGUCCACACACAUGUUCACACUCAACUAUGUAUGCACGUACAGACAAUAACGAUGGCUUUGUUCCUGAUGUAAACCUCAUUUCCGUUUAUAGCAAAUGAAUUCAAAAUGUUUUAAACCUUGUUGAACUUUAUCUAUGUUGUCUUCUUCAUCCUAAAGCUAUUUGCCAUUGUUCUUAUGUAAAUGUAUGGUAACAUGGUGCGUCUAGAUACUGGUGAAACCCUGAUGCUGUGUCGAGAGUUAUUCAGUCAUCAGUGAUCCCUAUCAGCUGAUCACUCAAACAAUAGAUCCUGCUUUAUGCACAAGAUGAUCUAAAAUUAGCACUAGAUUUACAUUACUGUAGUAGUUCACAGUUUAACGGAAAAUUGACUGUAUAAGACUUCAUCCAAAUGACUGAGUGAGAGAGUGUCGCUGGCAUUGAGCACUUUAUGUAACGGAUGUCACUUAAAAACUGAUUGCACUGGCAAAUCCCUUGAACUGACUUGAUUUGUUAACUGGAGAGAAAAAAAAAUCGAAGAAACCGAGUAAGUAAAAAAAAAAAAGGAAAAAACAGAAAAAAUGUUAUAUAUAAUCACUUUUGCUAAUAUGGGAAAUUAAUUGGAUAUGGGGGGAAUGUGGUUGCAAGCAAAUGAAUAAUUGUGCUAGAUGAUGUAAGACUCAUCUGCUUUGUGACUCUGGAAUAUAUUUGACAUGCCUUAUUUAAUCUUCAAAAUAUGGUGGUUUGACAUUAAUUUUGUUAGCCAGUAUUUAAAAUACAAACCGAAGACACAAUGUUGUUCAUAUCAUUCUUUUUUGUCCAUUCUUUGUAAAAUCACAUGUUGCUGUCAGCUUUUUUUUCUUCACUGUACAUUACCCAGUGCUAUAAUGUCAAUAUUUAAUUUCAUCAUGCACAUUUGUUUGGUCUUAGAUAUGCCAGGAUUAUAAAUAGCUGUGUUCCUGGAUAACUGUGCUUUUGAUUUUCAUUGAUUACACGAUUUAAAUGUUUUUUUCAUUGACUACAAAUUUAGUUGUUGCAAUAUUCAGCCACGUCAUAUUUCCAUGUUCUUUACCUCUGUAUGGAUUCCUCUUUCACUUAAAGUUAAAAUGCAGAAAGAU